AUCUUCGUGAAGUGGGCGUCAAACUCCGGCUGUCCCCGGAGCUCCGACGUUACAUCGCCGCUUGAGUGAGUAGAACUUCGCGGAAGCGUGACACACCCGCUCGGCCGGCGACGAUGACGGAGAGCUCCGCGAACAAGCUCAUUAACGGAGGGGGAGACGGUUGCCACAGGACCGCGAAUGGGAAGAAGGCAAACAAAAAUGGCUUCGUAAAGAGCCACUGUCUGCUGGAGCACAAGUACCGUCGCCCCAGGGAGAAGAUCCAAAAUGGGACGCACAACUCGAGCCUGUACAAGAAGCCCUUCGUGCAAUCGUUCGAAGAGACUCCAUUACUGGUGGCUGUGCUCACUUACAUGGGCUACGGCAUCCUUACCGUCUUCGGAUACUUCCGGGAUUUCCUUCGUCACUGGAACAUCGAAAAGUGCAACGUUGCCAAGGAGAGAGAUGAGCAGAAGGAUUUCGUCCCAUUAUAUCAAGAUUUUGAGAAUUUCUACACCAGAAACUUGUACAUGAGAAUCCGGGAUAACUGGAACCGGCCCAUCUGCAGCGUCCCGGGAGCCAAGAUGGACCUGGUGGAGAGAGUCUCCCCUGACUACAAUUGGACCUUUGAACACACAGGCAGGGUGGUGAAGGACGUCAUCAACAUGGGCUCCUACAACUACCUGGGCUUUGCUGAGAACAAAGGGGCCUGUGCUGAUGCGGCGAUAGAAGUCACCGAGAAGUACGGCGUUGGAGUAGCAAGUACACGCUGCGAGAAUGGGAACUUGGACAUUCACGAGGAGCUGGAAGCGUUAGUCGCCAGGUUCCUCGGAGUAGAGUCGUCCAUGGCGUUCGGCAUGGGCUUCGCGACCAAUUCCAUGAACAUUCCCGCCCUGACCGGGAAGGGUUGUCUUAUCCUGAGUGAUGAGCUGAAUCACGCGUCCCUGGUGCUCGGUGCCCGACUGUCAGGAUCCACCAUCCGGGUCUUCAAACACAACAACAUGCAAAGUCUGGAGAAGCUGCUGAGAGAUGCGAUCGUACACGGUCAACCCAGAACGCAUCGGCCCUGGAAGAAGAUUCUGAUCGUGGUUGAGGGGAUUUACAGUAUGGAGGGCUCCAUCGUCCGCCUGCCGGAGGUCAUCGCCCUGAAGAAGCGCUACAAGGCCUACCUUUACCUGGAUGAGGCCCACAGCAUUGGGGCGCUGGGGCCCAACGGCAGAGGAGUGGUGGACUACUUUGGUCUGGAUCCGAAGGAUGUGGACAUCAUGAUGGGAACCUUCACCAAGAGCUUCGGUGCUGCUGGAGGCUACAUUGGAGGCAAAAAGGAGCUGAUCGACUAUCUGCGCAACUAUUCUCACAGCGCUCUCUACGCUGCCUCCAUGUCGCCCCCUGUUGUCCAGCAAAUCAUUUCCUCAAUGAAGAUAAUCAUGGGAGAAGAUGGCACUUCUCUUGGUGCUAAUCGUCUCAGGCAGCUGUCGCAAAACACCAACUACUUCCGGCGAAAACUCCAGGACAUGGGCUUCAUUAUUUACGGAAACGAAGAUUCGCCUGUCGUGCCCAUGAUGCUGUACAUGCCAGCCAAAAUCGGGGCGUUUGGCCGCGAGAUGUUGAAGCGAAACAUCGGCACCGUGGUCGUGGGGUUCCCGGCGACUCCCAUCAUCGAGUCGAGAGCUCGGUUCUGCAUCUCUGCUGCACACACCAGGGAGAUGCUCGACACGGCCUUGGAAGCCAUCAGUGAAGUCGGUGACCUCCUGCAGCUCAAGUACUCCAGACGCGAGCCGCCGCGUCCAUCGCUGGCAUGGGUGUCGGAAGACAGUCACCUUCAGGACUGAAGCUACCCUUCAUGGUUUCCCCUUAAUUCACCUCACUGUGUGUCUUAACUCUCCCCACUUCACCCCGCCGGGCUCCCUAGACCCAAGUCUUCCAAGCUCUCUUUAGAAUCCACACACUCCUGCACCUCCCCUCCCACUGGAGGAAACAUAUCAACCAUGUCUCUGUUUGUUGUUCCAAAACGUGCUCCGAAAAAAUCCGGCUGCUUCUCACUCACGUCCCCCGUGAGCACAUGAAAUGUGCAACUUCUUCGUGCAAUAAUAUCAACAGCAGAAUCUCAAACCACCUCAAACAGAUUCAUUUUUAUGUUUGCAUGAGUCACGACUCGUGCGACCUGAAGACAAGAGAGGCGACAUGACGUUGUUUCUCACAGACUUUACAUGCAAUAUUUGAAAGUGUGUCCUCACCGUGUCUAUUUAUUCCUAAUCACUUGAACAAUGUAGAGUAGAGAUUCCUGAACCCACCAAAGGAAGAGAGAUUUAUUUUAGAAAUAACCAAAAGCGACGACGGCUAAUUCGAGGCUUUGAAACUUGUUUCACAUUUAUGGUCACAAAUGUGCGUCUGAAAAAUGAAACCCAGUACACUGGACUCACUUAUGUAACCGACCUUCAGAUGACUUUUGACUGUAGUAGCAGCGAGUUUUAAUAGUUGACAUGAAAGGAUUUUUUUUAUUGUUCACCUCACCUCAAAUAAUGAAUGUAAAAAAGCGAGGAAAUCAUUUUAUUCUUUCCCAGUUGAGCGUUAAGCACUGAUGCUCUAAACAUUCCAGCAAAGUGGCAUCUUAAAUUUGACUUUUUUUAUUCCACAUCUAUUUAAAGUGCCCUUUAUCAGUCGCAUAAAACACCUUAUUUUUGCUCACAACCAUUUUUUCCGAACUGUUGCAUUUACCUCCUGAAACAUUAUUGCAGGGCUGAUGAAACAGUGUCCUGAUUUUCAGAGGCCACUAGAUGGCGCACUUGGUUUAGAAGUGCCCAAACAUUUUUCAGCAGACAGCGCCCUCUGGUGGCCUCUGAAAAUCAGGACACUGUUUCGUGAAACCUCAUCAACCUUACAAUACCGUGUCAUGAAGCCUCAUCUACCCAUCACAACCUUUGUGACUUCAAAUGUGAACACUUUCCGAUUUAAUGUGCGUAACUACAAAGCCGAAAAAAAGCUAAUUUCACGACUUAUUUCCUGAACAAAUCUUAUCAGGCCUUAUUUGCUGUUUAUUUUUCCCUGCACUGCACUUGUGGAGGCGAGCGUCUCUCACAUUCCUGAGCGAAACAGCAAUAUUUUUUAUCCGUUCCAGUCACUCAAGUGCUUUAGCGCGAACGCGCUCCGUUGGUUUGCUCUGUAUGAAUGACGAUGGCGCUCAUCUGAUAUACAGGCCGCUUUAUUUAUUUAUUUUUUAAAAAGCCUUUAUCUAUAUUUUCAAGAGCUAUUCAGUCUUACAGGCAGCUCCACGCGUGUCACUGUCCGAGGCGUGUCCUUCGUUUUUUUUGUUGUCUUCCUCAUGCGAAAACUACUGAGAGGCAUCCGAAAUGCGCAGAUGAAGUAGUCACUGUCGUGUCACUGUCAUGAAGUGCAUUUGUUUGUAUCAUUCCUGAAAAUGUCUUUUUAAAAAAGUGAUUUUGCUUUUGUUGUCAUUAAAAGAUCAC